CCUAGGUACUGAUGAUAUCAUUCGACGUCGCGGAUAUCGAUAACUAAAAAUAAGAGAGAAUAUACCGGCCGUGAAAUCUGGGAGGGGCAAACGGUUGAAACGCGAGGAAACCAAGAGGAAAGGCUUUACGGCGUGUUCAAGGGAACACAGACGCUCGAAAUCGAAGCUUUUAACGAGAAGUGCAGACUUAUUUGACGGUGCAGCGACUGCGGGGCGCCCGCAGGGCCGCACACGCUCUCUCCCUCUCUCUUUCUCUCUCGCCCCUAUAAAUAGACUCGACGCUACCACGAUUGCGGCCCUACAUCGUGCGGCUAUUUUCGACAGGCAUCGCUACUCGUUACAGUUCUCCGUACGCCCGCUCCACGACGAGUUUCUAUCGUCGACGGCUCUUCAAACCCGCGAACAAAGACACAGAUGCGCUGUUUACGCCGCGAGCAACAAGAAUCUGCCGAUCGUAGCGGCUCCUUGACGACCUGCUGCUCCUCCAGGUCGUACUUGCUCUUCUGAACACGUUCGUCGUUUCUAAAAUGGAUAUUUAUUGCGAUUUAGUAGAUGUCUGAUCGAUAGUUAAUCGUAGUGAAACGAAGUGUAAUAGUUUUAGUGUGGUACCCGGUUGAGAUCCACAAAUUUUCGUCGAGAUAUUCGAAUCUAGUGACCUGUCGUUUCAAAUUUGUCGGUGUUCCAUGGAAAUUAUUUAAGUGGAAAACCAGACGGUCCAUUCGCUCCAUAAUAAGCGUGCCUUAAAGGGAUGUUUAACGAAAAGACGUAGACCAGAAUCCUUUCUGCACUUCCUCAGCGAUGGUAAUGAUAACUCGAUACGGAAACAGCAUCGGUGCUAAGUAGAAUACUCCACGGAUAGACUGCCGAGGAUGUUCAGCUCGCUGAGACUGACCACCAUGCGCUCGCAUAAGAACCGUGCUCGGCCAGGAAGCGUGGCCACGUCCGCCAGUUCCGAUUCAGCUCGACCCGACGAGAUCACAUCUCAGUCUUACCAUACGCACAGUUUCUUGCUACUAGACGAUCAGGACAGUCCUGUAUCCACUCCUUCCAGUGUUUCCUCUAAAGUAGCUCAAGUUAGGGUGGAACGCGAAGGAGGAAGUCUCGGAGUUACCCUUAGGGGUGGAGUUUCUAGAGCUCUGGUAGUCACUGGAGUGAAAUCCGAUGGACCAGCGGCAAAAGAAGGAAGAGUUAGGCCUGGAGAUAGAUUAUUAGCUGUGGAUGAUACUGAAUUGAGAGGUUUGACCUUGGCAGAGGCUCAAAGAGCGCUUAGAAGAAGUUCCGAUGCUCCUGUGGCUUCCUUGACUAUCGAGUAUGACGUUGCUAACAUGGAAGAGGCCAGGGCAGCUACUUCCGGUUCCCUUCUGGUGCAAUUGGAACGUGGACUCUCGGGUGAACUGGGACUAACAGUAAGAGAAACACCAAACGGAGUCUACAUUGAAAGUUUAAGACCAGCAAGUACCGCAGAUCGCUGUGGCGCUCUGCAACCUGGAGACAAACUAUUGGCAGUGGACGAAACCCCUGUCCAGGAUGCAGUGACAGCCGCCAAACUGCUCAGAAACAACUUCGACUCUCGCAUAGCUAGGCUACAGAUCUUACCUAGGCCUCCUAGUGCUUCACAGAGAACGGUCAAGAGAAGGGCGCAGCCACAAGCGCAACAGACCUCCAAUCAAACUCUGCAAACGAAAGAGAGCCUGACCGUGGUUCUUAGACCAGAUCACAAAGGAUUUGGACUUGCUUUAAAGCUCGCUGAAGAUCGUCUAAAUUAUGUCGUCAGUCUAUUAGAAGCUGGAGGUCCAGCCGAACGCAGCGGAGUGCUUUUACCUGGAGAUAAAGUUCUUGCAAUUAAUCGUAGAAUGCUCAGAGAUCUUCAGCCAGCUGAGGUAACUGGCAUUUUGGAAACUUCUCAAAUGAUCGAGCUAGUAACGGAGUACAAGGUCGGUGGACCAGUUGUACCCAGCUCAGGAGUGUUCACAGUGCGAGUGGCGAGACCUAUUGGCGGACAGCCUGAUGUAGGUCUCACAGUGAACGAAGAUUUGAUCAUUACCGAGGUUCGUAAGGGAUCUCUGGCUUACAGAACCGGCAGCCUAGCUCCAGGGGACAGGCUAUUAGCUAUAGACGGGCAAAAACUAGACCCUGGCGAUCUCAGACAAGCCGCACAGCUGUUACAUCGACCAGGGAACUCGGUUAUCGCCCUGACCGUGAGGAAACCGGAUCCUACCUCAGAAACCAGAGAGUACUGCAAGGAGUCCAGUAUAGGAAGCGAUUCGGUGCAACAGUAUCCUUCAGGAAUUCUUCGACCAGCUAGGGAGAGUCUACCUAGUGUAGACAGUGCAGUGGAUUCUUGGGGAGAGCUAGGAGAAAACAGUGGGACAGGUCCGGAGAUUCUGAGGCUUUGGGAUACAGCUUCGGUGGAUAGUGGUCAACUGGAUGUACACAUGCCUCCUUAUCCUGGGCCACAGGAAUGCAGCAACUCAGACAGGCCUCAACAGAUAGUUCACGUCUCCUUACACAAGGACCCAGUAUACGAGGACUUUGGCUUCUCCGUAUCCGAUGGUCUGUACGAGCGUGGAGUUUAUAUAAAUCGUCUUCGGCCUGGAGGACCCUGCGAUGGCGUUCUAAAACCUUAUGACAGAAUUCUGCGAGUAAACGAGGCCAGCACAGAAGAUUGCGACUGUUGCUUGGCUGUUCCGUUGAUCGCUGCGGCUGGUCCACGUUUGGACCUCACCGUAGCCCGACCGGUAUCUCCUCCUAACAUUAUAAAAACUCUGUAAAGGAGAGCAAAUCGUUGUGACGAAACAGUGUAACGAGGAAAAUGGUGGUGAACAUAUCUGGUAUAUUUUUAUACACACCUGUAUUUUAUUUAUAAAAAUAAAUGUAUAGAUUGCUUUCAGCUAGAA